AUGCUUCUAAUGUCGUAUGCGGGUCUAGGACUACACACCCGAGCCGCCCAGCAAGUCGCCAAGAUAGGCCGUGUUGACCUCGAGCGCGAGUCAGAGCGCACUCUUCAAGAGCUUAAAGCCCACGGCCUUGUCGAUCGAGACGAUAUAAGUAACGGCAACUUGACCUGGAACCGCGAGCUACAACUUGUUAUGAAGAUUGAUUUCGACCACGCCUCCGUCAACGGGUCCAAGGCCCUUAGUCCGGCCGCAUCAAAGCGAGACGGAGAGCAUGGGACGACGGCGAGCGUGCUGAAAGCCCCUCCAGACUGCUACAAAACGCACGACGAUCAGACGCUUUCAUCGCCAGCCUUCUAG